UGUGUGAUGGAGAUGAUGGAGGCUCUUGAUGACGGAGCUCCAGCGACAGGACAAGUGCGUGCAUCGUCGAGUGCGUCUGGAGUUGACAACAGAAGCAGAAGCAGAGAGAUCCGCGCGUGACGAGACUUCCACACACACAAACACCAGGAUGAUUUCCGAUUAUGGAUUCAAUUUGUUAUUAUCAUCAUUUUGACCUACUUUCAUGCACACUUUUCAUCUCAUCACUGCUCGUGAUAGGUGGUGUAUCUCCUGACAAACUGCCUCAGUCUGUGGACCCCUGCUCUCCCAGUCCAUGCCAAAACAGAGCAAUAUGCAGGAGUCACAAGGACGGCUACUUGUGCUACUGUGUGCCAGGGUUCCAGGGAUCUCACUGUCAAAUCGAUGUGAACGAAUGUGCCUCGCAGCCGUGCAGGAAUGGAGGCACCUGUGUGGACAGAGUGGGCAUGUUCUCCUGCCUGUGCUCUCCCGGGUUCACUGGAGCCACUUGUGAGGUCCAGAUUGAUGAGUGUCAAUCAGAGCCGUGCCUCGGCGGUGGCAGUUGCCAUGACUACCCCGGUGGCUUUACUUGCACCUGUGUGCCCGGUUUCCAAGGACACCGGUGCGAAAUCGACACCGACGACUGCCAAGCUCUGCCAUGUCAGAAUGAGGCUUUGUGUAUAGAUGGGGUGAAUGAAUACCACUGUGACUGCUCUCACACAGCCUUCACAGGCACACACUGUGAGACUCCGCGGCCGCCGUGCCAUUCUGAACCCUGCUUCAACAGCGCCAUCUGUAAGGACAAUCAGGGUAACUACACGUGUGAAUGCUGGCCAGGGUUUGAGGGCCGUCAGUGUGAGACAGACACAGACGAGUGCAGCAGCGGCCCUUGCAUGCACGGAGGCCGCUGCAUCGAGAGGUCGUGGCAGGCCCUGUACGGCAGUGAGCCUCUGCUGCCUGAACACUAUGACCAGCAGCGCGCUGCGGGCUAUAUCUGCAGCUGUCCUCCAGGAACGGCAGGUUCCCUCUGUCAGGAGGUGAUAGACCAGUGUGAUCCCAGUCCAUGUCAGAAUGGAGGCAGGUGUAAGAGCCAUGUUGGAAGCUACAGGUGCCACUGCCUCGCACAGAGUCACGACGGCAUUCUCCACGGAGGUGUGAACUGUGACGAGAGGCUUGUUGGCUGUGAAGGACACGAAUGUGGGAACCAUGGCUCCUGCUCUCCUUUCCUGCUGGAUGGGACUCACGGCUACACCUGCUCCUGCACAGCCGGCUACACUGGACCUCUCUGCCAGACCCCCACCACUUUUUCUUUCGAACGCAGAGGGUACCUGCUGCACCAGAGUCCGCAGGUGGACGCUGACGUGUCUUGGAACAUCACCCUGAGCUUCAUGACGGUUCUGCCCAGAGCUUUGUUGUUCCAGCGGAACAGUGGCGGUCUGCUGCUGAGUCUGAAGCUGCAGGGAGGGCGGCUCCGUCUCACACUGAGGAGGGAGGCUCCUGCUGGGGCCGAUGUAGAGAGCUCUAGUAGCCAGGUGCUGGAGCUCCCACACAAUGUCACAGAUGGAGAGUGGCAUUCUGUCGAGGCUGUGCUUGAAAAGUGGGUGCUCAGCCUGAAACGGUUAGAUGCUGGGAGCUGUGGGAGCCAGUCAUGCCACAAGGUGGCCUCAGUCCAGAGCAACCUGGCCAGAGAGGUGGUGUCUCCUCAGAACACUUUUAUUGGAGGAGUGCUUCAGGACUCAAAUGGCCCCGAUGAACGUUAUCCAGUUCCAGCGUUUAUUGGCUGCAUGCGGGAUGUAUUUGUGGACUGGCAGCUCGUCGUCCCUGAAGAAUGGCUGAGCAACUCGGCUGUUAAUGUUUCUCCUGGCUGCAGCCACAGGGACCACUGCCUGGAUGGGCCUUGCCAACAUGGAGGACAGUGUGUGAACCUGUGGCAGAGCUACCACUGCCAGUGUCCAAGGCCCUACGAGGGACACGACUGUGAGAAGGAGCACGUUACUGCACGCUUUGGGAACGAAGACUCUCACAGUUACGCUGCGUUCACAGUCGCCGAUGACGUGGGACACAACCUCUCCAUCUCCCUCUUCCUGCGCACUCGUAAGAACAGCGGCCUCCUCCUGGUUCUCGCCAACAGCAGCAGCCAGUACCUGCACAUGUGGCUGGAAGACGGCAAGGUCACGGUGCAGGUCAACAACUUUGAGAGCGUGAAGGCCGAGAGUGCACUGGACGACGGGGAGGUCCACAUUGUGAGUGUUGAGGUGUCGGAGGAUCACAUGACUCUGUACGUGUCAGCUCAGAAACAGGGCGACGUCGACGUCAGGACAGUCACUGUCCACGCCGGAGACACUGUACAUGUGGGGGGUCUGGUGGACAGAAGGACAACUGCGGCGUUUGGUGGAUACUUUAAAGGCUGCAUCCAGGACCUGAGGAUGAAUGACAACAGGCUGCAGUUCUUUGGACUGGACACAUCAGUGAGAACUUAUCCACUCAAACUCAUAGGAAAUGUGACAGCUGGCUGCUCAGGGGACAACAUCUGUAGUAGAAACCCGUGUCUCCAUGGGGGGAUGUGCUACUCCGUGUGGGACGACUUCACCUGUAACUGCCCACCCAGCACAGCAGGGCGGCGCUGUGAGGAGGUCAGAUGGUGUGAGCUGUCUCCGUGCCCCACAGGCUCAGAGUGCACGACGCUGAACCAAGGAUAUGAAUGCUAUGCCAACGCCACUUUCCUGAACAACAGCACUGUCCUCUCCUACCGUGGAAACGGACUGAUAUCCCGCAAUCUAACCAACAUCUCCCUGAACCUGCGCACGCGGAAGCACAAUGCAGCGAUUCUGCACGCGGAGAAGGCCUUGGCAUUCAUCACGCUCUCUGUCCAGGAUGGUUUCCUCUCCAUUGAGCUUCAGAGUUUCCGUUUGGAUGAUAGUGUGGUGGAGCGAGCGCAGGCUGUGUCUACAGUCAGCCUCAGCAGCCGCAGGCGUGUCAGUGAUGGCGAGUGGCACAGUGUCCAGCUGUUCAUGGCGGCGCCCUGGAUGCACACGUCCCAGUGGACUCUGGUGCUGGAUGAAGAAAUAGAGGAAGCCAGCACUUCCAGGAGCCGUGGAGGCAACAUUGACUUCCUCAGAGAGGGCGUGGACAUUUUCCUGGGGGGCCUGGACCCUGUUGCCGACUGGUCCCUGGCUGGAUGUCUGGGCACAGUAGAACUGGGUGGCAUUGCCCUGCCUUACUUCAGCUCCUCUGAUGUGAACCUGCCACGCCUGCAGGAGGAGCAGUUCAUCCGGACGUCGCCGCGUCCACCACUCCUCGGCUGCAGCGGGGCCUCUGUGUGUGAGCCCAACCCCUGCCUGAACGGAGGGGACUGCCGGGACCACUUCAACACCUACAACUGCAGCUGUGCAGACGGCUGGACCGGCAGACACUGCGACGUCUUCGCCAACGUCUGCGCGUCCAGUCCCUGCGUCCAUGGCAACUGCAGCGUGAGUGGGGUGUCCUACAAGUGCACCUGUGAGUUUGGCUACGCAGGUGUGGACUGUGAGAGAGAGGUGGACAGGUGUGAGAACCACCUUUGUGCUCAUGGAGGCACCUGUCUUCAUGGGCCGGACAGAUAUGCCUGUCUCUGCCCUGAGAACUACACUGGAACCUUCUGCAAUGAACGCAUUGAAGAAAUUCCAUGGUACAUUGCUGUCAGAAAAGUCAGACGUCCAAAGCUGCCUGUUUCCGUGUGCGGCGAUGACACCAGAAACUACACCUGCUUCAAUGGAGGGAACUGCACUGAACGAGAGCUGUCCUGUGACUGUCCAUCAGGCUUCACUGGACACCGGUGUGAGCAGGAGGUGGACGAGUGCAAGUCCAACCCGUGUCUGAACGGAGGCUACUGCCGCAACCUCAUCGACAAGUUUGUCUGCGUGUGUGAAAUGAGCUUCGCUGGAGACUUUUGCCAGAUGGACCUGACCUCUGAGAGUUUGACCUCUGACCUGUUGCUGUCCAUCAGUCUGGUGUCCUUCGUCCUGCUGCUGGUUUUGGUCCUGACUGCAGUCGGACUCGUGGUGGCGCUGAACCGCCGCGCCAACCACGGCACCUACAGUCCCAGCCGACAGGAGAAGGAUGGGUCUCGGGUGGAGAUGUGGAGCAUCACCCAGCCGCCGCCUAUGGAGAGACUCAUAUGAGACAUUAUUAGUAGGGAUUGUUUCUUUUUCUUCACCGAUAGCAUUUCCAGUAUCACAUGCUUGAGUAUCAGUCUGACAUUUUUACAUAUUUUACACCACAAAGGUGUUAACAACACAUUUGUGCUGAUGCUUUUGCCACCUAUUCAUAAGCAGCCAUUUCAUAAAGAUAAUAUUCCAACUGCAUAACAACAAUUCGGCUCCUGUAAGGAAGAAUGAGUUUUUGAUGUGAAACAUAGGGGUUUUUGAUUUGUACCAAAUUUCCUAUGUCCAAUCCGGUGAUUUUGACCAAUAUUGGACCAGGUAUGAUACAGAGUACAGUAGAGGUUAAGAACUGGCACCAGAAACAUACCAUUUUCCCCCUGAAUGUAAACCUGGUCUUUUCCUCCUCAGCGUACCUGCAGCCUGAGAUCACAGCUUACUUUUCAUUUGCAAACACACAUGCUGGAGUCUGUGACACCAUUUUAGUCCAGUGUUUUGAGGAGAGCGGUGAUAAAAGUGCCUGCGUGGAGCUCUCGUUACCAUUCGAGCGCCUGAAGUGUCCCAAAAUGAGUUCAGGAUGUGCGGAGUACAACGAGUAUGUAAUAAAUUUGAUUUGAGCACAGCAGCAGACACGGGAGUCCCAAGUGUCCAGCUGACGGUGACUCUGGAAAAUGUCUUCUUAGGCUAAAAAAGACUGUAAACAUGGAGAGAGAUAAGAUCAAGGUUUCAGUGAUGGUUCGCUUGAGGUUCUCUUGUGGUUCAGUUCUAGUUGUUCAGUUCAGUACGGUACAUAUUAUUUUUUUUAAACGGAAAAUAAAACAGCCACUGGACGUCCUCCACUGUUGUCCGUUGUGUUGCGUUCAAUGUCGUUGUUCGUUGUUGUCGCCGUACUGUACCAAACUGAACUGUACCGUGAUGGAAUCAGGUGUCAUGCGCUCAAGGUUUGCAUAUUGGACCUUUAACAUGCAGACAUCACAGAUUUCCUUCCACCUCUGUCAGAUUAACAGCUGCAAAUUAGAAAGUGAGAUUAACAGUCGCUGUGCGACUAUAGACAACGGUCUAUAGUACUGGCAACAGAGAGGUGGCGAGGUGUGGGGAUCAGUUUCUGUUCAGCGCCUCAUAAAGACCUGGUCCUGCUUCUGCUCCAUCCGUCUCCCACAGAGACAGAGUCUGUCGACGCAAAGAUUUGAGUUCAGACUCCGUCACAUCUGUGUGUGUCUCCAUAUUCUUAGCAUUGACGAAACGCUCACAGAAACAUUUAAUCCAACAGUUUGAUGUAACACAUAUGCACCAAGUCCUCCUCAUUUAAAUCCAGGAGAAAAGUGUCCUUCUAAUUCUUUGUGACGCGUCCUUUCUUUCUGUAAAUCCACACCGAGAGCACAUUAGUCAGAAUUCAGGAUUAGAUAGAAGAAUAUUUUCUUGCAAAUGUAUUAUUUAUCAUUUAUGUCCUGUACUGAUUAUUUUGUUUCUUUCUUUUUUAAACUGUGAAUUUUAUUUUGUGAAAUCUGUUGGUUAAUAAUAAUGAAUUCAUUUGUUCUAAUUUAUUGAAUGUUAAUGAAGUUUCCAGGUUUUUUUUGUACAUAUAUAUAUAUAUUUUUAUUUUGUAGACUUAAAAAUCACUCAGUUCUCCUGUAUGUCCAUCAGUUUAAGGCAAUGUGAACCAUUCAUUUGUAAAUUUACAUUUUUAAACACAUUAAACAGUGCUUAUAUUGUACUUAACCUGAUUAAUGUCAAAUUCCAAACUCAAGGCAAACGACAUAGAAUAAACAACUUGAGUUGUAGAGCAAGCCACUAAUAAGAUUCUUUUUCUGUUUACUGGGUCUAUUUCAGAAUAAAUAAAAUGAAAAAAAAGGUGAUUCCAGGGAUGCAAGAGACUGAAACAGUGGCAUUUAUUUUCAGUUCACAGUGCAUACAUUACGUGCAGUUGUACCAGUAGCACAUUAGAUUCCGGACCUCGACUGUU